GCAUCGCAGGGGGAAGCAAGCAACGGACAAAAAUCCAAGCCAAGGGUCUCCGCUGCCGUAGGCAUCUCCACGUCCCCGGGUCAGCCAGACCUGAAGUUGACUUGACUUUUUGGCUGACUUUGGGCGCUCGAAGUGGCGCCGGGGAUGAAUGGACUCCGGGUAGCCAUGCUGGGCAGCGAAGGGACGGGCAAAUCCGCCCUUACGGUGCGCUUUCUGACGAAGCGUUUCAUUGGAGAAUAUGCCUCUGAUUCUGAAUGCAUUUAUACAAAACAUUUGUAUCUGGAUGGAAAGCAAAUUAACUUGGAAAUAUAUGAUCCUUGUUCCCAACCUCGGCCAGGGAAAUUGUUACUUGCAGACGAACUCCAAUGGGCAGAUGGAUUUGUUGUGGUCUACGACAUCAGUGACAGAACUUCAUUUGCGUUCGCAAAAGCGUUGCUGUACAGGAUCCGUGAGUGUCAUGGAGGCACUUGCAAAAGAACAUCCGAGUGCACCGUGGUUUUGGUUGGGAACAAGCAGGAUUUGUGCCACGUACGAGAAGUCGGUUGGGAUGAAGGACAGAAGUUGGCCCUGGAUUACAGAUGCCAGUUUUGCGAACUGUCCGCUGCAGAACAAUGCCAGGAAGUGGGAAUGAUGUUCAGCCAAGCUUUGAAAAGUCUCACGGCUCAUCUCAAGGGGAAGGAGAAGAGACGGCCCAGCGGCUCAAAAUCCAUGGCCAAACUGAUCAAUAACAUGUUCGGAAAGAGGAGGAAGUCUGUUUAGUGAAAGGCCCACCAGAAACAAACAGGGAGCCAAGACACUGUCUCUUACACAUAUACACACACACAUGCACAAAGGAUCUAGUUCAGGGGUGAAAUCCAGCAGGUUCUGACAGGUUCUGAAGAACCCAUAGCGGAAAUUUUGAGUAGUUCGGAGAACCGGCAAAUACCACCUCUGGCUGGGCCCAGAGUGGGGUGGGAAUAGAGAUUUUGCAAUAUCCUUCCCCCAGAAGUGGGGUGGGAAUGGAUAUUUUGCAGUAUCCUUCCCCUGCCAUGCCCACCAAGCCACGCUCACCAAGCCAUGCCCACAGAACCGGUAGUAAAAAAAAUUUGGAUUUCACCACCGAUCUAGUUCACAUGAAGAUCUUAGCAUGUCACCCAAGGAAGCCACAGAAAUGAUCGAUGUAUUCCCACCCGGAAUGGCAAAAACCAUCGCUUAAAUCUAGCCUUUUGAUAACUCUUCUGGGAAUAUAGUUUUUCAUGGAAGCAGAUUGACUUGAGAGCAUACUAAAGUUUUGUAUAUGGUUAUUAAGGAAUGAACUGCAAGUGAAUCGCUAAUAAUCUUAACUGGAUCCAGGCAGGCAAUAUGAAUAAUAAGGCCAGGAAAAUGAUGUGGUGCGGUGCUUUUAUCAGUGUUUUCCUGCUUAGCCAUUUUUAAGACACAUGGACUUCAACUCCCAGAAUACCUCAGCCAGCAUCGCAAUGCUGGCUGGGGUAUUCUGGGAGUUUUGUUUUUUUUUUUAAUUUGAUUUAUAU